CUUUUAUGCACCUGACCCGCGACGUCAUGCCAUGCUCCCAAUAUGAAAAGCGUGUGAUUGUUUUCCGAAUGAGACGGUGCACACAGAUAGUAAACUGGGACUAUAUAUCCACGAUGGAGCUGCUUUCCUUCACUUAACUCACAGCAAGAUACUGGGUUUUUGCUCUUCCUCACCCUGUAUACUAUGGAGGUGGCUCCCUGUACCCUGGAAGUUGGCCACCACUCAGCAUCACUGCUGAAACAUCUGAGCCUUCAGCGACAACAGGCUCAGUUCUGUGACUGUGUGCUCAGACAGAGCGACAGCUCAGGUCACCUGUUCCCUGCACACAGGUGUCUGCUGGCUGCCUCUAGUCCGGUUUUGGCAUCUAUCCUGCCCUCUACUGGUGCUCUGGUGGAACUGCGGGAUCCAUGUCUGACUGACUCUGUACUCGCACUGCUUCUGGACUUCAUUUACUCUGGAACUUUGGCAUGGAUUCACAACCAGCAGGAGUACGACAGACUGCUCACUGCUGCCUGCCACCUACAGAUGGAAGAACUGCAAGAGGCUCUGAAGGCAGCAUGGCCACAGACGGAAGUGGACACUGCAGUUGAUUCAAGCACCUCCAGUAGCACCGAAAUUCAAGCAUCUAAAGACAGCAAUGACCCUUAUGGGAUACCUUUGAAUCCCUUCAGUAAUCUUCUUUCCUCCCACAUUACUGAUGCUUUUGGAAGACAUGAAGAUACAAGUAUGCAGCAUUCUUUCAGUGCGGGAACAUUUCAUGCAGCCCAGAUUCAUUCACCCAACAUAGAUUCUAGUGUUAAAGAUGAAAAAACAAGUAUAAGUAGAAAUGAUCCACACAGCUGUAGUGUAACCGAGCGGGAUUUACGGGAUGUAAAAACCUACUGUAUACUGAAAGGCACUGAUGGCCUGAAUGUUAUGGACUACAGACAAGGAACAUAUCUGACCCAAGAGGGUUCAAUGAUAAAUACACCUGGCACUGCUGAGAUGCUGGACAUAUCUGGAGGGAACAAACACGUAGAUGAGGAUCAUUUUUCUCCAGCUGGCUGUGUACAAGCAGAGGUCUUCCAGAGGAAGACAGAGGAAGGGUUACCGAGGAUGUGUGAUGAUGGCACCAGCUCCUCCUUACUCUCUUCCUCAUUACCACAACCAUGUAGUGGGGCAGUGCCUGUCAUCUGUCACAGCAGCAGAGCCACUGGCCUUCCUCUGGCCGAAGAGCCUGAAGUGCCUGCUUUGUUUGGCUCCGGCAGAACAUCUGUCUCACGCUCGGCCAGCACAGACAACGACAGGACUGUUGGAGAUAUUAGCACUAAACACAAGGAUCAACACAGCGCACAGGAUCAGCUGCCGAGACAUAAUAAAAAGCGCACUCAUUCUGAGUUUGAGCAAGAUUGCAACAGCAGCCCCACAGAUCAGUAUAUGAUUACCAAUACCAAACAGAAGUACAAGGACAAUAUAGUCCAGAAUGAUCAGCACGCUCAUUGUGAUUUAUCACAGCGUAACACAAAACAUCUUGGGGAGGAUUUAUUUCCACAAUACGAGGACUGGGAUAAAGGAUCAAAACACAAAAAUGAGGAUGGUGCUGAUGAUUUACCCUCCAAACAUCAACGUUUGGACUGUUUUGAAUGCCUCAAUGUCUCCUUGGCAACUGCAACAAAAGAGCCAUCACAAAACCGGAGAGCUGGAGUUCCACUUCUUAAAAUGGACUCAGACACGGGAAGCGAUUCUCACUGUGAAGAUUUGUGUCUUGACAUGGAAGCGAAAGAGGAACACAAUUACUUCAGCAGACGUUUGACUGAAAUGGAUAAACUGGGCAGCCGCUGCAAUCUCUAUGGACCUGAGAGUAGUUGGUUUUCAACAACGUACAGAGGUGAGAAAAGCAGGAAGGAAGCUGUGUACGAAUAUGAUCCUAACAGCAGAUUUAAGGCUACGAAGUACAAAGUGGACACUAUGGAAUUGUGUCGGCCAGUUUGCACCGCAUCAGAAUCAGGUUCGGUUAAGGUCACUGGCAGUUUCUCUGCCUUUGAAUGUUGCAAAAGUCUAGAGCCUGAAAAGAUCGAAGAACAGUGCUUAACCCUGACAACAUCUGUUGACAACAAGAUGUAUGACACUGCAACUAGUCCUGUUGGGCAGUCACACCAAGGACAUCUUCAUUAUCCCUGCAUCCAAGGGGACAGGCACUUGUCCCACCGAGGCUCUGAUCACAAACCCCCUCACUCUGGCCACACUCAUCAUUCGCAUGAGUCAAGUGAUGGGGAUGAGGCUGGUACCUCUGCCAUUUCAGGUCCAAAGCCCUCACAAGGGCCCUUUGCUACAGAGAGCACCCACCAGGUUCUCCUGCUGGACACACACACCCAACCUGCCGAGGUGCCUGCGCACUGCAAGCACGGAUCAGCCGUAGAGGAGAACGAGACUGGGAACAGGAUCACAGCAGAGAUGUCGACCAGGGAUCAUGACAGAGAACAAAACAGUAAAGGAUCAGCGCUGAGGACAGAAAUGAAAAAAAUCAGAAAACGGACUUGUGUUGGGUCUGAGAGUUCUGAUGAGACUAAUGCUCGGACAAGUGCUGAAGAAAGACAGCCUGUAGGUAAAGACCACAACACACCAGAAGCUCAGGUUAGAUUAAAAGCUGGGGGCACGGAGGUUUCCAGCCCUAACGAAGAUGAGAACAAGACCAUCACCUGGCCGGAGUGUUCAUCUGUAACUGCAGCUGCACCGGACGCCGUACAGGCGCCAUCCACCAUAUCUGUUUGUAUAUCCUCCACCCUCUCGGUCUGCAUGCCAACAGAUAUGUCAGCUGACGUAUCAUGUCACCAACCUUUCCAGUGCUCUCUCUGUGAUCGUUCCUUCAGCCAGCGGGGCUCCCUGAACAGACAUGUGCGCAGCCACCUCGGCGUACGGCCCUUCCCAUGCCCUUGUUGCCCUAUGACCUUUUCCCGCCAGUACCGCGUCACAGAGCACAUGCGUGUUCACCAGCGCUGUGCUUUUGGUAAUGACUUUCAAAAGCACACUGACUCCUCCAUGAAAGGCAACAAAUAAGGACCACUGAACUGAAACUUGUUUGUAAUAGAAAUACUACAUUAGCAACGGAAUGUGGCGACCCGUUUGCCGAGACGACCCAUUGCAGGAAUAAACUCAGAUAAUUGAUAUACAAGCCUCCCUCGGAUCUUUUGAGGGUUUUAUAAUCUUUCAGCUUUUUUUGUUUGAUGGUUUUUCAGUUUGCAACCUUAUUUCUUUGGGUCAACUUUCAAUUUUAAGUGAAACAGUUCAGGGUUGACAGAGUUUGCAGUUUCUUCUGGAGCACAAUAAAAUUAUCCUUUGAAGUUGUUCAGAUGAAUGCUUUAGAGGUUUUUAAAUUGAUGUGUUUACUGUUAUAAAAAAGGCAGCUAUUUUCAGUGUUUGGGAAUAC